CCCCACCGCGCUCUCGCGAGACUCGGCCGGCAGACAUGGCGGCUCCGAAUAUGCUGAAGGACAAGGGCUCCUUGCAGUUCGAGGACAAAUGGGACGUGAUGCGUCCUAUCGUGUUGCGGCUGCUGCGGCAGGAGGCUGUGACGCGGCAGCAGUGGCAGGACCUCUUCAUGGACGUGCACGCUGUAUGUCUGUGGGACGACAAGGGCCCCUCCAAGGUCUACCAAGCGCUCAAGGAGGACAUACUGGACUUCAUCCGGCAAGCUCAGGCCCGCGUGCUCAGCCACCAGGAUGACUCAGCACUGCUCAAGGCCUACAUUGGGGAGUGGCGCAAGUUCUUCACGCAGUGCGACAUCCUGCCCAAGCCCUUCUGCCAGCUGGAGGCGGCGCUGCUGGGCAAGCAGAGCACGGCUCGCAAGGCGAGCACCGAGGACAGCCUCGUGCGCAAGCUGAUGCUGGACACGUGGAAUGAAUCCAUCUUCUCCAACAUCAAGGGGCGGCUCCAGGACAGCGCCAUGAAACUCGUGCACUCGGAGCGCCUGGGCGAGGCCUUCGACUCGCAGCUCGUCAUCGGCGUGCGCGAGUCCUACGUCAACCUGUGUUCAAACGCCGAGGACCGGCUGCAGAUUUACCGGGAGAACUUUGAGAAGGCGUACCUGGAUGCCACCGACACGUUCUACCGCACCCAGGCGCCGGCGUACCUGCAGCAGAACGGCGUGCAGAACUUCAUGAAAUACGCUGACGCCAAACUGAAAGAAGAGGAGCAGAGAGCGCUGCGAUACCUGGAGACGCGGAAAGAUUGCAACUCCGUGCAGGCGCUGGUGGAUUGCUGUGUCAACGCGCUCGUCACGUCCUUCAAGGAGACCAUCCUGGCUGAGUGCUCGGGCAUGAUCAAAGCCAACGAGACAGAGAAGCUUCAACUCAUGUUCCAGCUGAUGGACCGAGUUCCCGCAGGGAUCGAACCCAUGCUCAAGGAUCUGGAGGAGCACAUUGUGAGUGCCGGCCUGGCAGACAUGGUGGCCACGGCCGAGUCCAUCACCACGGACUCUGAGAAGUACGUGGAGCAGCUGUUGAUGCUCUUCCACCGUUUCAGCCGCCUGGUGAAGGACGCGUUCCGGGACGACCCGCGCUUCCUUACAGCCCGGGACAAGGCCUACAAGGCGGUGGUGAACGACGCCACCAUCUUCAAGCUGGAGCUGCCCAGCAAACAGAAAGGGCUCAGCUCCAAGACGCAGCCCGAGAGCAAGUGCCCCGAGCUGCUGGCGAACUACUGCGACAUGCUGCUGCGCAAGACUCCGCUCAGCAAGAAGCUCACGUCCGAGGAGAUCGACGCCAAGCUCAGAGAAGUGCUGCUGGUGCUGAAGUACGUGCAGAACAAGGACGUGUUCAUGCGCUACCAUAAGGCACAUCUGACGCGACGGCUCAUCCUCGACAUCUCGGCUGACAGCGAGACCGAGGAGAACAUGGUGGAGUGGCUGAGGGAGGUGGGGAUGCCCGCCGACUACGUGAACAAGCUGGCGCGCAUGUUCCAGGAUAUCAAGGUGUCGGAGGACCUCAACCAGGCUUUCAAGGAGAUGCACAAGAACAACAAGCUGGCCAUGGCCGACUCGGUGAACAUCAAGAUCCUGAACGCGGGCGCGUGGUCGCGCAGCUCGGAGAAGAUGUUCGUGUCGCUGCCCACGGAGCUGGAGGAUCUGAUCCCUGAGGUGGAGGAGUUCUACAAGAAGAGCCACAGCGGCCGCAAGCUGCACUGGCACCACCUCAUGUCCAACGGCAUUAUCACGUUCAAGAACGAGGUUGGGCAAUACGACCUGGAGGUGACAACGUUCCAGCUCGCCAUCCUCUUCGCGUGGAACCAGCGGCAGCGCGACCGCAUCAGCUUUGAGAACCUGCGCCUUGCCACCGAGCUGCCCGACGCCGAACUCCGGCGCACGCUCUGGUCUCUGGUGGCGUUCCCCAAGCUGAAGCGGCAGCCGCUGCUGUACGAGCCCACGGCCGUGUCGCCCAAGGACUUCACGGAGGGAACCAUCUUCUGGGUCAACCAAGAGUUUGCGCUCAUCAAGAACGGGAAGGUGCAGAAGCGCGGAAAAAUCAACCUGAUUGGGCGACUGCAGCUGACGACGGAGCGCAGCCGCGACGAGGAGAACGAGGGCAUCGUGCAGCUGAGGAUCCUGCGCACGCAGGAGGCCAUCAUACAGAUCAUGAAGAUGCGCAAGAAGAUUUCGAACGCGCAGCUGCAGACGGAGCUGGUGGAGAUCCUCAAGAACAUGUUCUUCCCGCAGAAGAAGAUGAUCAAGGAGCAGAUCGAGUGGCUCAUCGACCACAAGUACAUUCGCCGCGACGAGGACAGCAUCAACACGUUCAUGUACGUGGCGUGAGCGUGCCACCACGCCCGCGCUCUCGGUCCCUCCGCGCCCAGAUGUUUCCCUCGGGGCGCCGGCGCUUGUUGCAACGCUCGAACACACGGGAAAGGUUCACGCCGUGGCAGGGGGGUGGGGGAAUGAGCGCCGAGCCGGCGAGCGGCGAGGAGGCGCGUCGUUGUGUUUUUCGUUUCACCGCGGUGCUUUGGGCUGGCCGGCUGUGGGCGCCGGCGGCCGUGAAUUUUCCGUUCGUUGCGAGAAUUACGAGAGAAAAAAAAGGUAAAUUUUGUCGUGAGCACCGGAUGCUGUUGGAGAGAGGCUCACCGGCCUAAGAAUUGUUGACUGAAGGACCGCUGCCAGCUUUUGUGUGUGUGUGCACGUUUUUUUGUUUCGUUUGCAAAUGCGAAGUAUCAGAAAAUGACAAAACUCGUGGAGGUGGCUGUUAGAAGUGGUUGGUUCUCUCCGGGCUGCAGGAUACAAGCGAGGAAAAACCGUGGCGUGUUCUCGCUUCUUUGCAGCGCGCAGAGCGGAGAGGCUGUCAGGGCUGCAGAGGCUCCGGCACGGUUCGUUUUGGGUUAAGGAGACAUAGGAGUUGCCUGCGGGCAGCAGGACAGGCAAUCGGUCUCUGCAGUGGGUCUUUGUUGUUAUUUUAUGGGUGCACGUGGCUUAACAUUUGGUGAGCCGUCCAAUAUCGCUGAACAUCGUUUCGAAGUUGCGCCGAUAUAACUUCACACAGGCUGCAAAGGACCCCCAGAAGGGACUUGGCGGUGCAGCGACGCAGCCUGCCGCUCGCCGUCCGCCACGGGGGGCGACGGAAGUUGCCGCCGCGCUAGCAAGGACGUCGUGCCCUGGAGAAAAAACACGCAAAGUGUACAUUGGCAAUACAGAUGGGUCGAGUAUUUAAGAUGUCGUUGCGACGAGGCCCUGGUGGUGGCGUGGUUUUGAGCGAGCGAGGCCGAUAGCCCGCUCCGCGGGAACCGGCUUCUCAGUCCGGAUGCGAGGAGGAAAGUCUCUGACCGGCUCUUGCACAACUGCAGUUAUAUCGGUACUUUUUUUUCUGGCUGAGUCGACCUUAGGGAUGCUUCUUGUCAAAUGCAGAGGAACACUCGAGAGAGUUCUCAUUUUUCGCGAUGUUUAUGUCGUUUAUUUAUCUGGGGGAAAGCCUCGUCGAGCCUCAAGACACUUCCUGGGAGGGUUCUGUAUCAGAAUUCGUGGGCUCGCAUGUUGGGGGGAAAUCCGAGUACCUGGAGAAAUCCCACCACACAUACAAGCAAAAAACUCUGCACAGACAUAUCUGGAACCAACAUGCUGUACACUAAUACCAUCUGCUGGACAUCUGGCAGCUUGUGAUAGGAACGGUGCACUAAACACAGGCUCCGUGAUUUGCGGCUUGCGUCUGCGCGAAUGUGGGGCGUUGGGCGAUUGCAGGGGUUUCCUUUGCUCAGCUGACUGGUUUCCCAUCGACCGCCCGCUCCACUUUGCCUGGGACACAAACGUCAAACUCGCGAUUGUUGGCUCCACGGGGCUCACUGGAUGACCGUCUCAAGUCAAACGUGUUCGAGUGGAGACGUAAAAAGGAAUUGCCUGAGAGUGGGCACUGUUUUUUUUUAUAGAUAUACUGGGCACGUAACAUUUCACCCGCCACAAUCGAUUCUUAUGCUCAUGGUACAUGCAUCGAAUCGUGCGCGUUAGGAAUGCAUUACAUGUGUUUAUAUCCACUGUCGAUUCGGUGUGCACGAGGGCAAAAAUAAUCCGUCUUGGGAAUUAAAUCUUUACCCUCCCCCCCCCCCCCCCCCGAUUCGUGACAAUUUGUAGAAUCGUGGGAGGGGGUGAAUCGCUGCAUCCGUGUUCUGUGUUGUGUCCACGUACGCACUGCUCAGCACUUGGGUGAAUACUCGUUGUUUUGCAAUGCAUGCUCUUUCAAGGUUUACGCAAUUCUUGAUUUGGUUUUUGUUUCGUUGUGAUUUCCACCGUGACUGGUUUGGAGGCCGGUGCAACGUGUGGCACCGUGGCGACCACCUUGACAUUUGGUACGGGUUGUCGCGAGGCACUCUGGGGGUUGACAGGUCACGUCGAGACAUCUUCAAGUCUCCGCGCUUUCCCCUUUUCUCCCGCUCCGCCAAGCCCAUGGUCAGGGCUUCACCAUUUUCCAGUGUUUCUCAUUUUGCGUAAAAUAAAUUUUUGUUCAUCGUAUGCCGAUGGGCGAUUGGUAAACGUGUGAAGCCGAGCUCGCGCACUGGCUGUUUCACGAUUGCAAUUCCACCGAGAGGUAGUUUAAUUUGUGCGCUGAUGUGAAACGAUUCCCGCCAGGGAAACUCGUGAUGAGCCAGAGGCGGCGCUGCGGUCAGAGCACUCCAGUCACGAGGUUUGCCAAUUCAACUCGCGGUUGUGGAUUUAUUCGACGCGUCGUUCCUCCGCGUCGAUAUAACGAGAAAGAAAUCAACAGUGGUCGUAAUAAAGAGGCUGGCACCUGCCACGGGAAUGUGGAAUGCCCAUCACCGGCUCGGGACUAAUGCUGUUAUCAUUUGUUUCUGCAGCGCUUUCAUGUACAAAGUGCUUGGGAAUUUUUGAUCGAGUUUAAAAUCCAAACAAAAUGGGAGAUGGGUUAGCGCCGGACUCCGCAGCGAGCGAGGCGACAUUGGCUUGGAGAGCGCCUCCCAGAGCUCACCGGUGGCGCUGCGUGGAAUUCAUGCCCCCCCAGUCGCCCCCCCAGUUGCCCCCCUCACAAAACAACUCAGUCAUGGUGGCCAGCAGCGACGGACGGCCCUUGUUGGCCAGUGUUCACUUUUGAUUCGUUUGCGAAAGCGGCAGUUUUUAAUUUGGCAGUGCCGACGUGCGACUUGCCACGGAGUGUUAAAUGAUCGUCGCGUGCAUGUGCAGAUAUAUACCCUCUUUGUUGUUCUGGUUACAAAUGAGGUUAUGGUUGCUCAAAGUAAGUUUUUUUCCCGCCUACCUAAAAUGACACGUUAAAAAAAAAGUCCCCGGGCAUCAAGACGGCGAGGGUCCACUUUGUGGCGGCACAUUUAUAUUAAGCGAUCUAACUAAAAAAAAUCUAUAUUAUGGAUUGGUAUUGGAAGCUCACAAGGAGGUCUGCGUCAGGCCCGGCUCCUCACAGAUGGGAGGCCAGUAGAGCCGCUGUGUUGGACCACCUUCACAGUGACCCACCGCGCAUAAGCGUGAACUUUGGUGAUGCCAAAGAGACAUUUGGAGGAGCAGGGCGCACCACCCCACUACCCUGAAGCACCAAUCCUGGCUCGUGCAUUCCCUGCUGCUAUGUUCACGCGCGCUGCCGGAAGGGUGUGUUCUCGUGCAGGCAAUGCCUCGUUUCCACAACAGCAGCAGCACCAGGGCCUGUGUCCCAUGUCCCCAUGAGGGUCUGUUGGCUCAGCACCCCCCCCCACCCAUGCCCUACCUAUCCCCCCUCCUCUUUUAGCUGUUGGAGGCUGGGGUCAGAAAGUGAUCUAAACACAGCAUGUUGUUGGUGUGGUCGGGUUAAUAUUUAUUCUAUUGAGAAUCUCGUGAUGGCCCAGAAACGUAGUUCUGCACCUAAUGGUCAGAGCUUCCUGCAUCGUAGUUUUGCACCUGGUGGCCAGAGCUGGCUGCCGUGGAAACACAGGCCUGGCUCUAGCACAGAGAGCGCAGCUCCCAUUGAUCGUGGGGGAUGCACUGUGUGGGGUCCACUGCCUCGUAACAGCUCUGUGCCGCUGCUGCUUUUAAUGGGAAUUGUCAAAUCGCCAGAGUACAUUAGAAGGCCAGUCUCACCCUGCUCACAUUAACCCUUGUUUGCCCAGGACAGAGUAACAGAAAAUGCUGCCCUCUGUAUAUCUGUCUUUGAAUGCCUAAUACAACUGGUAGCUACCUGAAAUAAAACAAUACAAAAUA